AUGGCUAACGCGGACACCAACAAAGCCAGUAAUCCAGAAAAACGGUCACAGAAGCAGGCUAUUGCAGAGAUUAAGAAUGGGAAGAUCAUUUUCAAACAGAAGCCUUAUCUACUCGAUAAACAUUCAGAGACACUGCAGGAGCUCGUCAAAUUUCGCGAGUUGAUUUCAGCUCGCCUGAGAUCGAAAUUACCAAUGUCAGAGCUGCAAGAUGAAUAUAAGCCGCUGGUCGUCAAAAUGGCACAUGAAAGCGACAAGUCAUUGACUUCCAUAGCAAAACAAAUACAUUCUCAGCUUCUUCUCAUCGACGAAGAGGAAGGUGAAUCCUUCGACUCGGCGGCGAUUACUCAAAUAUUCCCCGUGUCGAUCAUCGAGGAAGCUAUCCAGACGACUAUGAAUCGGAAUAAUUAUGGGAUUGAAUUGGAUUCCGCCGCUAAGAUACCGAACGGGCUUUGUGUAUGGCGAUGGGAGGCGAAGGAACCUUACAAACAUUAUCUUCCAAAAACCACGCUCGAAAAGGUGGCUAGUAGAAUUGUAGAAAGAGCCCAUGCGAAGACAGAACUUCUUGCAUCCUUCAAUAGUCUUUCUGAAGUCGAACGGAACGCUCUGAUACCCUACCGAGGGGCUGCAGCUAAGGAAGCUAGAACAUCUGAAGAUUCCCUUUCAGUUUUAACGAUGGAGCAAUCCUCCUCAACGGAACCUCAGGGUGGGGGAAGUGGUUCCAAGAGCAAUGAAGCCAACAACUCCGAGGGAACCAAGGUCAAGCCAAAGAAGGUUGAAAACCCUGAACGCCUUGCUAAAGAAAGAAAGCAAAACGACGCACAAAAAUCGCUCAUGGCCAACUUCUUCGCCAAAUCCAAGCCAGGACACGGCGUAGCUGUUGGCAAAAAAGCCAGUUCCUCGAGCAAUGAUACCUCGGAUUUUGAGAAGACUUUCAAGCCAUUUGUGCGGAAGAAGGACGCUGAAAUAGCCGCGGUGAACUCGUUUCUCAGGCGCAAAAAACGACAACCAACCGGGACCAACAAAGUUGUCAUCGUCUUGGAUUCUGAUGACGAACAUGUGGAUGCUCCUGGUAAUAGCCGAUCUGUUAGCCAGCUGAGCGUGAGCGAACGGUAUUACGAUGCCUUUUCCGCUCUGCCGGAACGCUCUCUCUAUUGCCCCCCUCGAUCUACUGGAACCUCACCCUGCUACAAGACGUAUCAUUCCCCUUCUGUACGAGAGUUGAUGAAACAGCUCUCAGAAGCUGAACUCACAGACGACACAUCUGCCGUCCGCUCGAUAACUCACCAAUUGGCCGAUCGAGAUAUCUUUCCCGCCAAGGUACUGAUUUUCCAUGAGGAUAAUCGACCAGGUUACUUCGGUACUUGGACCCGAAGCUCUCACAUCGUGGGAUCUCGGACACCUUUCGCAAGAGACGUUCUGGACAUUGACUACGGGUAUGACAGUGGCGAAGACUGGGACGAGGGUGACUGCGCUGGAGGUGCUGAUGAUGUUGUAGAUGACGAAGAUGACGAACAAGACUCUGAAACACAGGAUUCGGACAUAGACGAUUGGUUGGUCGAUGAUGAUGAGGUAGAACGGGCAGUACCUCCUUCGAGCGAUCUUGACCUUCCGGAUGUUUCUUUCCCAAACAAACGCAAGGCCGAGGACGAUAAGAAAGCGUCCAAGAAGCGCAAAGUGGUCAUACCACUUGUUCCUUACGCUAAGGGCCCUAGUUGGGAGGGUCUUAUCGGUGAAUGUAAGGAAAGUAUUCUCGGUCCAUAUCAGAUACGGUUUCUCAACGAUGCUUCUUACUCAUUGGACCCGUUUUCUUUUGUCUCGUCUGUCAAUGAGACAACGAAGGUCCAGCGAACUGAUGUCUUUGCUGUGCCUUCACUUCCCAUUCGCGCUGUGGCGGACCGCGCCAAUUCCAUUCCUCCUAAUACUGCUGUCAAGAAAGGAGCAUCUGCAGCGCCGAAGACCAGUUUCCCCGAAGAUCAUCUCCCUGUUCUCCUGGACAAGGUGAACAGACUCCAGAGUAGCAAUCUUACACUCAUAGUCGAAACUGUCUUUCAAGAGCUUCGCGUUCAUAAAGUCAAGAAAAACGCUAUCGAAGCCAAAAUUAAGGAGGUUGGGAUGAAGUGCAGGGAACGGAGAUAUUGGGUGAUCAGGGACAAGAGUACUGUUGGCACUGAUAAUACAACAGCGUCGUAA